GUCCACACGUGGUUGGUACUGUGUAAACCACGCAGGCAGACGCAAGCAGCGGCUCAGAAAUGGCGGCCGAUACUAGCAGCUCCUCGCUGCAGCUACCUUGCGUUUUUUCACCAAAAUCGCGACAGUACCUGGCAUUGUGUGCCCAGGACGGCAGGCUUCGUAUUUGGAACACAGAUAGUAAAACACUUCACCAAGAAUACGUGCCUUCCGCCCAUUUGAGUGCCACUUGUAUCUGCAUAGCUUGGGGACCAUGCCGGACAGUCAAGGAGGGGCCUCAGAGGAAGAAGAGGAAAUCGGAGGCAGUGCUGGUGGAGGAGAAGGCAGACCUGUUGGCGAUGGGCACAGCCGCAGGCAGUGUCCUAAUUUACAGUACAGUGAAGGGAGUACUGCACUGCACACUGGAUGGAGGCCACAGCGGAGGGGUUAAUUGCGUCCAGUGGCACCCUAAAGACAGUUUAUUAUACAGCGGUUCUGAUGAUACAUGCAUCAUAGAGUGGGACCUGCAGACGGGCAAGGCGAGAAGUAAGUGGAAGGCGGACCGUGCAGCGGUGACCAGUCUGUGUGUGAGCCCAGACGGCAAAUUGCUGCUCUCAGCUGGUCAGAUAAUCAAGAUGUGGGACUUGGACACCAAGGAGGUUUACAGGAAGUUCACAGGCCACUCCACGGCCGUGACAACCCUGCGCUUUGCCACUACGCGACCGCCCGACAGCAACGGCCUUUACUUCCUGUCUGGCGCAGCACAUGAUCGGCUGCUCAGUGUCUGGCAAGUACGAGAAGACGGAAAGGACAAGAAUUCGGUGGUGUCCUUCACACUGACGGACGAGCCACAGCACAUCGACCUUGUUGCGUCAAACAAUAAGGAAGAGGCAGUGAGGCUGGCAGUGGUGUGUAAGGAUGGCCAGCUGCAUCUCUUCGAGCACUUUUUAAAUGGUCCCUGUAAGAAGCCGCUGUCACCCAUGUGUACGGUGCAGAUGUCCGACACAAAGGACUCCCCCGUGCCAAUUCCAAUGUUGGCUGCUGCCCUUGCAGCCGGUACGCGGACAGUGCUGCUUGGCUACGGCACCCACCUGCAGCCUGUGAUGGAGAAACUGGAGAUCAACACAGCAGAGAGACAUGUGUGUUUGACCCGGGAUGUUCAGACCAGCAUGUCAAUUUCCUUGGAAACCGCUGUCUCCAAGGUGAAAACCCCUAUUGUCAGCGACAAGAGCAGAUUGUUGGUCCCGGGGCUUCCAGGCCACCAAGCCCCCGUGAAGGCAACUGCACAGGGAUCAGAGAAGAGGAAAAAAGACACAGAAGCCAGAGAGAUGUCGAUAGCAGAGCGGCUUGGGGAAAUUGAUCUGUCUACAGUAUCCAACGAGAAGGGGGCACCUAAAGGGACGGCCACUUUGCAGACGGACAACUUUGCAGUGCUGCUGCUGCAGGGCCUGGAGAGCAACGACGCCAACAUCCUCAAUAAAGUUUUCCAGACUCGUAAAGAGAUGGUGAUAAAGAAGACUGUUGCUCGUUUACCCCUCCCUGCUAUUUUACCUUUGGUGGAAGUGAUCACAAAGAGGCUCCAAGGGCACCCCAUAUCGGCCACUUUAAUGGUGCGGUGGCUCAGGGCCGUGCUCAUGCACCACACAUCAUACCUGGCAUCGCUGCCAGACCUGGUUACCCAGCUGGGAGUGCUUUAUCACAUGAUCGAGAGCAGAGUGAAGAUGUUCCACAAGCUAACAAAGCUGAAUGGGAAACUGUAUCUGCUAACGACACAGGUGGCGACAAAUGACAGCAGCAGCACAGAUGUUGAUCACACAGCAAAGCUGGUGUAUGAAGAAGAAUCAUCUGAAGACGAGGCCUCCGGUGACGAAGGUCUCCCCGACAACCAUGACGACUCUGAUAACUGGGAGGAAGAGGAGGCUAUGGUGGAAGAUGACGACGAGGAGGAAGAAGAUCCAGACGGCAAAGCGGAUUCCAAAGCGAAUGGAGAGGAAGACAUGGAGCGCGGGAGCGAGAGUGAAGAGGAGUGAGGUCGAGUGCGGAGCGAUGCCAAUCGCGCGUAAAACGGACCUGAAAGAGUUAUAUAUACUUUCAUUUUAUUUUCAACCACUUGAUUUUAUCAUCAGAACAAAGUUAUGGUUUUACUAAAAAAAAAAUAAAGAAAUCAAGGGCCUCGUGGUGGCAAACUGGCUGGCUACCACAAGCAAAGUGAUGUCAUUCUCCUGCUGCGUCGCGCCCCCCAAUCAGAGGCAGCGAUGCAGCAAACCCCCUGUCGGUUCAGACGGCGUCCCGGCCCAACCCUCCUGACCAGUCUGCAUUGAAAACUAAAUCAUUUGGUGGCGUUCCAGUUAGCCUCCGCUGCGGUGUGCGUUCCACAUUUUUUAUGUUAUAAUAAAUAGUAUUAGAUUAUAUUGUUUAAGCUUAACCGUGGUAGAGGCGGUGGAUCUGUCUGCGAUUGGUUCUCCGUGGACUCUGUCGGUCAUCUGGAACGGCUCCGUGUGGAGUUGUGAUGCAGCCACCAGCCCCGCCUCCAAGCCUUUCUGGAACCACACGUUCCCAAACAAUGUACAUCUGUAAGUACAGUGUGUGUAUGAGCUCCUCCCUCAAACGCUUGGGAUUAAAUGAACUCCUGUAAAGUC